AUGUUUGUGGGAGUUGUUGAUGCUGUUGCUGGCAGCAGAAGAAUAGACACAAAUGGCAACUUCCGACAAACCCUCAACCAGCUCCUCGCAGAGCUCGACGGCUUCAAACCCACGGAAGGCAUUGUCUUGAUUUGCGCAACAAACUUGCUGGGGUCCAUUGACUCCGCGCUGCUGCGGCCAGGGAGAGUGGACAAAACCAUUUUUGUCCCUUUGCCUUCUCUCAAAGAAAGGCUCGAAAUGCUGGAGUACUACGCCUCUCGCGUGCAGCUUUCCCCAGAAGUGGACUUGACUCUUUAUGCUUCUUUAACUUCGGGACUGACUGGAGCUGAAGUUGCAAACCUUUUGAACUUGGCCGCCAUUCGAGCGGCCAGCAGCGGCAAAAAAGAGGUUUGUGGCUCGGGUGCAUGA